AUGUCAUAAAAUCCAUAAUAACAAAAUUCUAUAUUCCCUACAACUACUGCAUUAUCAUAACCAACUACUCUUUUUGGUAAUUCACAACCAACACAACAAAAUAGUUUGUUAUUUGGAUAAACAAAUACUUAAGGUAUUUCUUUAUAAUAUUCAAUUAGCUGGAUUUGGAUAAAACACUUUACUAAGUUAGCCUACUUAAAAUUAGGGAAUUUUUACUUAACCGUAAGCACAAGGUCCCAAUUUAUUUGGAAAUCCCUAACCUGCAUUUGGAUAAUAGACAAAUUUAUUUACCACUCCUUAAUAACAACAAUAAGCAGGUUUAAUGUAAAAUGGACUCUAAUACCAAUAAUAAAACUAAAUUCAACCUUUGAUUAAUGAUUCAAAUGCCUUUAAAGAUAAAUAUAACAUAGUGACUUAAAAAAUUAUUGAAAUUGAAAAAAGCUUUAUUAAUCAACCUACACAAAUCUAAUAGUGGUAAUAAAUGAUCUAACCUAUUUCUUAAAUUAUCUUUUAAAUGGAUACCAAAUCUGUAUUUGAAACUUCUGAAUAAAUUUUAGCUGGCCAAAAAGAAUAGUCUAAAAAUCUAAAUGAAUAUAUAUCUACUGUUGGAUUAGUUUAAAAAAUAACAGAAGAUGGAUUAGAAGUCUUAAAAAAAGAAGAAGCUUAAUGUAAUGAUUAUUAAAAAGCAUAAUAAACUAUGAAAGAAUCAUAUGAUUAAUUAUCAGGAAGCGUUAGAAUUAAUUAAUAGUUUUCUGUUCCCUAAAAAUAUUAAGAACAAUUAAUUCUUUAAUAACAUGAAUAACUAGAUUUAUUAACCAAUGCUGUUGAUAAAAUGAUUAAAUAUUAUGAAAAAUAACCAAAUAUGGAUGUAGAUGAAGCUUUAUAAUAUAAAUUAAUGCACCUACAAACACUAUCCAAUUAUUAAUGUAUGCUUUCAUCAAGAAUCAGAAAUAUCUAAGAAAAAAGUAUAUAUUUAUUAUUAAUUAGUAUCCACAUUUUAAAAUAAAACCUAUUCUUAGAUCAUGCCAGAUAAAAAAAUUGAUGAAUUUUAUACCAUUGAUACACAUAAAGAUAUGUUAGAUCAAAUUAUUGCUGAAAAAAUCUGA